AUGUAUGGAGUCUUCGAGGAACGCAUGUCUGCCAUGGAUCAGGACUUUCAUUGGUCCGUGGUGUGUGCCGUCAUUAACAAGCUGUGGAACACUAGUAAAACCGGAGGCAAAGCCAGGGCGAAGGCCAAGACCCGCUCAUCCCGUGCCGGACUCCAGUUCCCCGUCGGCCGUGUGCACAGACUCCUCCGUAAGGGAAACUAUGCUCGACGCGUUGGUGCCGGAGCGCCCGUCUACAUGGCGGCGGUUCUCGAGUAUUUGACCGCUGAAAUCCUGGAGUUGGCUGGAAACGCGGCCCGCGACAACAAGAAGUCCCGCAUCAUCCCCCGCCAUCUGCAGCUGGCCGUCCGCAACGACGAGGAGCUCAACAAACUCCUAGGCGGAGUGACCAUCGCUCAGGGCGGUGUGCUGCCCAACAUCCAGGCCGUCCUUCUGCCCAAGAAGACCGAGAAGCCCGCCAAGAAGUAGAAUCAGAACCAGACUACUAUU